AAGCUCUCCAGCUCUUUCCCAAUCGCGCUUCUGUCGCGAAAUCCAUCUUUGGUUGCGACAACAACAAUAUCUCAACGCUCUGCCCAUAAUUUUCUGCCAAUCGAAUACAAAAUGGCGUCCCAACCCAUGAACUCAUCUAUGCCCCCCAAUGAUACUUACGGGGGAGGUAAGCAAUUCCUCUAUGCAACUGCACCGUCUCAAUAGCUCACAUACACACCCUUCCACAGAUGAGAUCCAAGCAAUCAUUCUCGACGCCGGAUAUUCUAGCGUGCGCGCAGGAUUUGCGGGCGAAGACACCCCCAAGUCUUUCUUUAGCUCCAGCUAUGGCGUCACCGGUAAUCGAACCAUCUUCAGCGAUGAAGACAUCCACAAUCCAUUACUCCCAGAGCUCGAAAUUCGAAAUCCCAUGUCCAAGGAGGGAAUAGUUGAGGAUUGGGACGCAGCGACACAACUUUGGGAACACGCCAUCACAUCAAGGCUGAUAAGAACUAAGCAAGGCGACCCCCGCAAGAAUGGAUUGAAUGAUGUCGGGGGAAAGGAUGGGGUUGAUGUCGACAUGGACGCCCCGGAUGAGGAAGAGAAACCACUUGAGGAACACCCAUUGCUGAUUACCGAAACGGCAUGGAAUACCAGUAAAAACAGAGAAAAGGCGAUUGAGAUAGCGAUGGAAAACUGGGGGGUUCCGGCGUUCUGGUUGGCACGUAACAGUGUUAUGGCAUCCUUUGCUGCAGGCAAGGCCACAGCGCUGGUCAUCGACCUUGGCGCUUCGACUGCUUCUGUCAUUUGUAUUCAUGAUGGUCUCAUCUUGAAGAAAAGUGUGCAAAAAUCACCUCUGGCUGGCAAUUGGGUGUCGUCACAAAUCCGCUCUCUUUUUGGCUCAGUGGAUCCCAAAGUCGAAGUUACACCACAUUUUAUGAUCUCUUCUAAGACUCCAGUCGAUGCUGGUGCUCCGGCCCAAGCAACAUAUCAAAAGUUCGAGAACAAGAUUACAGACAGCUUUCGUGCCUCUGAAGAAGAGCGUGUGUUGACGGAAUUUAAAGAGUCAGUGGUCCAAGUGUAUCCAGGUCCCGGUCGUUUACACUAUCCACACCCGGUAAAUGGUAUCUUGAACCUUGAGAACGUCAAAAUGUCGCCAGGUCGUGUUUUCGAAUUCCCAGAUGGCUCCAAUCAAAUGUGGGGUGUCGAUCGAAUGAGAAUCGUAGAAGGACUCUUCGACGAAAAAUACGCCCUUCCAACCUCCGAGCCUCCCAUUACCAAAGCACAAACUAUUCCCGAAAUGGUCCGAGCAUCAGUUUCCGCAGUAGACGUGGAUCUCCGUCCCGCCCUUCUUGCGAACAUUGUCGUCACGGGCGGUACAACCCUACUUCAAGGGUUCACAGAUCGUCUCAACUGGGAGAUUUCAAGCCUAUUCCCCAGUGCCCGAAUAAAGAUUACGGCUGCUGGCUUGACGUCGGAGCGAAGAUUUGGUAGUUGGGUUGGAGGAAGUAUUCUAGGUAGUCUGGGAACUUUCCACCAGAUGUGGAUUUCGAGGAAGGAGUAUGAGGAGUUCGGUGCUAGUGUCGUGGAGAAAAGAUGUAAAUGAUAGGAUAUGUAUAAUGAUGAAGAUGGUCUUCUUCUAUAAAAGUUGUUUUUUACGGAUUACGGUGCGCUUAUCUAGCUGGUGGCGUCUGGAGUCGGUUUUUUUAAUAUCAAAACAUGAUAAUUUCCUACGAGAGAUAGGUCUAGGAGCUAAUUAAACAGGCUAAGAAGAAUGAAAGCAAGCUCU